AUGCGGAGCCAUCUACUUCUUCAACCCCAACUGCGCAUACUGAGGCCAUCACAAGCUCAGCUACGGCUUCCCCAGAGUGUGUGGGUGCGGUUCAAGUCGCAAACUCCCCGCCCGUCUCAAAAGCACAUCUCGGCUUUUCCAAAAGAAAAGGAAGCAGCUACAGCUACAGCGACAACUACAUCUGCAGUACAAAGGACGCUCACUCCGGCAAAAACAACCACACGAAAUGGACCACCGGAGCGGAUCUUGGUCUAUUAUGGAGGCACUGGCAGAGCCAUAUUCCUUGGAACUCUUCGGAUCACCACAGUGCUGCUCUUUGGUGCUGCCUGUUUAAUAGUUGCCCCAGAAGUCUCUGUGGCGGAUUACCCAUGGUACAGUGUUCCAGGUGUGAUUGCCGCUGGCUCUCUCCCAAUGCUGUUUGUUUCAUACACCGCCGCUCCAUACGUGAACUUUGUCCACUUGGCACUCCCAGCCUUUGCCAGAAAGUCCCGAGAGGCUGCUGUCCAGUAUGCCAAGGAGCUGCCCCCUACAGCCGUCCUGUAUCUCACCAGCAUGCGGUUCAAUACCAUUCCCCGACAGACAGCUGUGCGUAUUGGAGACCUUGUUCCAAAGAAGGAUAUGCUCCGGCCCGUCACCUUUGAGCACCUGAAGCCCGCGUCGCGACGUUGGUGGCAAGGUAGGGCUCCGACCCACUUCUAUACCGACUCCAGCAGCAAGCCUGGAAGACAGACUUCUGCCUUCUUCCCAGAGUUGUGGAAUGGAAUUUAUCAGCAAAUCACGAAGUCGAAGCCCCAGUCACGCUGA